AUGGCUUGGGACGCUGCUACUAUGUCUUCAAAUACUAUGGUCUCCAGCGAUGUCUACUCGGAUUUGUUGAGCUUCACCUUCGAUGGCCCGAAGCCCUACAACCGGAACCAGCCAUUGUUCAUUGAUGCCGAGGAUCCAUCUCGAUCAUUCACAGCCGCCCAGUUCCGACAGCUAGUCCGGACUCUGAUCGCGGGAUUGAAGGCCCAUAAUGUCAAGACGGGAGAUUGUGUCUUGCUACACUUGGGAAAUAGCAUCCUAUAUCCCGCCCUCUUCUUCAGCAUCAUCGGCGCUGGAGGAGUCUACAUGGGCUCCAACCCACGCAGCGCCCCGCAAGAACUCGACCAUAUAAUCAGCCUCGCCGAACCAAAAGUAAUCCUCACCACCCGCGAUGCCCUUCCCACCGUCCUCGACGUCUCCGCCAACCGCGGAAUCCACCCAGCCCAAGUCUGCGUCCUCGAUGACCGCGCCAUCGACCACUGUGCCCAGCUGUUCCUGUGGCACGAACUGGGCUUCUCAACCGUAAGCCAGUUCUUCGCGAUGUCCGGCAAAGAUUCUCAACACUCCAACUUCGCAAACCUCCUCUGCUACGGCGAAAGCGACUGGCUGAAAUUCAACGACCCGGUCGUCGCAAAAGCCACGCCCGCAGCCAUGUUCUCGACUAGUGGUACAGGCGGCCUUCCCAAAGCAGCUAUCCUGUCCCACUAUGCGAUCGUCGCACAGCAUCGCGCUAUCUAUUACGACGUCCCACACCCAGUUAGCAGGCUCAUGGCCCUGCCCAUGUUUCACCUCUUCGGUGCGCUCUGGACGCACCUAUUCCCUGUUCGCUAUGGACACCCGCUGUUUGUCCUGCCACGAUUCGAAACUAAGGAGUUCUUGGCUGCUGUUCACAGGUACCAGAUCUCCGAGACGUAUCUGGUCCCGGCUAUUAUUCACUCGCUGAAUCAAUCCACUGUGCCUGUGAGCGACUAUCUGUCUUCGCUGCGCUAUGUCGGUGUCGCUGGUGCGCCUAUUGAUGGUGCCUCCAUGCAGCACUUCCGCACCCUCAUCAACCCUGCGGGAUAUGCUUGCCAGAUCUGGGGUAUGACCGAGGUUGGUGUAAUUUUCCAAACUCGCUAUGGUCAACAGGGUGACCCAGGAAGUAUUGGUACUGUUCUUGCCGGCUACGAAGUUAGCUUGGUAGACGCAGAUGGAAACAUCCUCGGCGAUGACUGCCCUGGCGAACUGUACGUGCGUGGCGCCGGUCUGCUGAACGCAUACAAAGGGCGCAGCGAUGCUUUGGAACCUAACGGAUGGUUCCGCACUGGAGAUCUGGCGUAUGUCAAGAACGGCCAGUAUUAUAUCGUUGGGCGGACGAAGGAGCUCAUCAAGGUUCGAGGAUGGCAAGUCGCCCCUGCUGAGCUCGAAAGCGUCCUCCUCCAACUCCCAGGAAUCAGCGACGCCGCCGUCAUCGGCGUGAACAAAGACGGGAUGGGCGAAGUGCCCCGCGCCUUCGUCGUGCGCUCCCGUGAUCCAGCUGUCAGCCGUCUGUCUGCCGAACAAGUCUACAACUACGCACGCCAGCACUUGGCCAGCUACAAGGCUCUUGAUGGCGGCGUUGUGUUCGUGGAAGAGAUCCCGCGCACGGCCAGUGGCAAGAUCCAGCGCUUCCGCCUGUCUCAGAUGAACUCCUACCGCGAGAUGGUGGCCUCACUGCUGGCCCGCUUCGAGGGAGACAGCGCUGCAGCGGCAGCUGCCGCUCGUCGGGAACUCCCCGCUGCAUCUGUUGCUGGACGGGUUGCUGUCUAA